AUGUAUUGUAUUGUAAGCUUAUUUUAAGGGAAACGUGUAUUGUUCCUGCUGGUUUAAAGAUGUUAUAGUUUUUAUUUAGUGGCAUGAAGUGUAAAUGGCCUUACGAAUAAACAGGUAACAAAGAAACAAAUAGGAUGUCAGUAUGUUUAAUACAUUUAGCAAUGCAACAACUUUGUACGUUCAUCACGCUUUUUUGUACAAAUUUCUUUGCCGUCGUUGCACGACUACGACGUGAAAGUUACUUAUUUCACUUUUUUGGAGGACGUGAACGACUUUUUUUUUGUUUUCCUGAAUUUCGAUACAAUACAGUGUUUAAGAAUUCACCUCCAGAGAAAAUUACCAACAUUUGAGGACGAGACGGAAUAAGCACGACCAAUUGACUAAAGAGUAGAUGGGCGGGUUUUAUCAACAGAGGCGAACAUAAAAAUUCUCAUACGGUAGUACUUCUGUACCCUUUUGAAUAUGUCCAGAGGCCGGCUUUUCAUCGAAUUUCCCAGCUUUAAAUACCCGCGGUAAAAUUCGUCGGAGGGCAUUGUUCUCCGUUACACUGAGCAGGAAGAGGCCAUGUCCAGUAGGUCCUAGCCUGUGUACAGCCGACCGCUGCCCUCUUUUAAAAAACAAAUCUAUCUCUCCCUAUUUUUUUUUUAGGGGAGGGGCGUCUGUACUCAGGCUAUACUUUCUUGUAGGCCCAAACAGAACUCAAGAGUGUCAAGGUUUGGAUUUUUUAUUAUAGAGGACCCCCAGCAAAGUUUUGAGAUAUCACGCUUGCAGCUCGUAAGAAUAAGUUCGUUUUAAUCGUGGAACUGAGAAGAACUAACAUUUUACGUGUUCCUUCAAAUGGGGUACAUUUGUAUAUUAAAAAUUCGAAACUUUUUGAUGUCAAAAUGGCCUUAAGACCGUCAACACGAUUCCGCCUUUUUGUGCGGAAUUCAUUCUAUGCCUUAUCAGUUAUUAGUAUAUUUGUUAAGUCACGUGACCUGUUUUACUUAACUGACGGUUUCCGAUAGCACAUGGACAUGAUUAAAAGGCGGCAUUCUAAAGCCCUUACUAGGAGCCAUAGUAAAACGAUAAAAUAAGGCGAAUACAGUUUGACUAUAAGUAUUUCCCAUUUUCAGUGACAAGUUUUGACCGUUACAAUGCAAAAGUGAGUCACGUGACUGAGACUUGAAAAGCUCAUCAAAUGAAUGUAAACGUGGAAAGGAACCUGUUUGCCAAGUUUCACAAAGAUGGAGGAGAGGAAUGUUUCUCCUUGAAAUCAAAAUCCACAGAAUUCGUGGUUGAGUCAAAACCUUAAUAAACAUGAGAAGAAGAAGGGUGGCUCCAUCAAAUGACUUUUAUUUCUCUUGAUAGGAAAAUAAAAAGAAAUGUCUAUGUAAUUUAAGGCUGGAUAAAUUAAAAUUUUCACUGAAUGACUAAUGAUAUCUAUUAUUAAAUUGUCGUACUCCUAACUUUAUCGCUUACGAUUAAUUUUGGGUAUAAAGUAUAGCGUAGUUUUCUUAAUUUUGGUAUUUUACACGAGUUUUAGUUUAUUUUUUGGAAUAUUGGAAUGUUUAUUUCGGGUAUUUUGGUAUCUUACUACCCCUCUGGCCAACCCUGUAUACUCAUGUCGCUAUUCAUGACAAUCAGUAUUCGGUUUGGUGGCGCUAACAUUUUUCGUGCUCUCGUUUGGCUUUUGUAUCUUUACUUGAGGUUAAGUCUAGCGCCAGUACAAAUUGUAACUGAGUACUAAGGCUAGCAAAAGCUUAAAAUAAUCGGUAUAUUGCUGCCUUCUACAUCAAUUGUUGUUUAUACACUAGACAUGAUGAAGACGAAAAAGCAUUGAGAGAAAUGACAGGUGUCCAUGAUACUGGGUAAGAAUUAAAGUUAAAUUAAUAACACAUCGGUCGUAAGUCCAGUAGGUAAAAGUACCAUUUUGAAGGGCAAAAAUAUUGGCUUCAAAAUUUAGGAAUGUUAGUAUCUAAGAAGAUGAACUGGGCAUUAAAUACAUGCCUUAACUUUUGUAUUCUGCCUAACACAGGUGUCAUGCAAGCGAUAGCAAAAAUUCACCUCAGUGAGCUCAUAAUAUUUUGCAAAAAAAGCAACCAUUGCACUUUGUAAUAUACGCCAGAUUAGGGAUGUUAAUUAAGUAACGUAGAAAGGGGAACGGGGAAAAAAAGUCUAUCCAUGUAAAUUCCGCGCGAAAAAACUUGCGUACUACCGGAAGAUGCUGUAGGAAGCAAGCCAGGGAAUAAACCCUGGAAAAAACAUGCAGCUGUUCAAGGAACGAGUGUUAUUGUUAGUGGUGAAGUUAUCAUUUAACAUAUUUAUAAACAACACAAAUAACAGACACCAAAAUUAUCGCAGCCCACUGCACACAGUUUGAUGUGUUUGCUGACUGUCAAGACUUCCUUUACCACUGAAAACACAUUAAAAACAUCAGUGAGUUAGUUUCAACAGGCUCAUUAAAGUUCGGUGUCAGCUUGAAACACUUCAUUGUUUUUGCUAAACUCUGACUACAACUUUUAAGAACAAAAUAAGACUCAUCUCUUUUGUUUUUGUUUGAAAAAUAGAUCGUGAUAACUAUAUAUUACAGGCGUGAUAAUUACGGAACAAUUAGCAAAUAAAAUAACCGAUUUAAAGCACUUGCACUGAUGAGAUGGCCAUGAGGUUUUCGUGCGAUUUCCCUUUAGUAUACCCUAAUUGAGUGCUAAUUGUUGUAAACAUACGCUUAGUCAUUAUUAAACUAGGAAUUAAAAUCCUAUUUGUUUUUUUCUUCUUUCCUUUCCCCCUUUACCAUUUUUCUAAGACAUGCUCAUUGCAAUCAGGUGUAUAAAAUUAGGCCUUCUAAUAAAUCUAGAAAGGAGUCAGAAAGGGAGCAUUUACUUGCUGCAUAGGCGUUUUUUGGGGGCAUAGAAGCGAAGACAGUACGCGUAGGUUGAAAACAAAUUCACCAUAUUUAGUGGUCUAACGGCAAGCCUAAUUAAUUUCGAUUUGUUUUUUGCAUUUUUAAUUUCAAUUCCUUUUAGCUGAUUUAACUAUGACAACGCUAUAGCAACUAUAGGUGUAUAAUACAGUAUACCACUUAAUUUCUGGGAAGGAGUAGUGAUGGCUCAAGCUUAUAGUAAACUUUAAAAAAAUCUAAUGAGUUAUCGGAAUUUCCUUCAAAUUACUGCGAUGUCAAGUUGCCAAUAAACCGCCAACAAGAGACCUAAAAAUGUAUUAAAAUCGUCCGUGAGUUUAAGUUUCACCUGUGACAUAACGCCUGGUUUAUCAUGGUUCGAUCAGUUAGAUUGAAAAAGUACCAAGACAAGUUUGCUCGACCUUUCUUGGCCCUGAGAGCUUUUUUCUUUUACGCUUAGUUAAUAGUUUUUGCACGUUUAUGACUCUAUAAAUUACUUCUGAUCAUUAUUUAUUAAUACGCGACAAAUUAACGUAUAUAGCCCGUUUAGGUAAAUUGUUUUGACUGUAGAGAUGUCGACAUUAUAUCAGCUUUCACCCAAAUUAAAAUAGUGUAUAUAAAUAAAACUCUCACUUGCAGGUCAUUGCGCCGAAGAGGAAAAUGGCCCUGGAAAAUUUUACUGAAGACGAAAACCAUAAAACUGUCCAAGAACUGUUUUGCUCGGCUGAAUUUGUCAAAGGUGUAAAGAGCGAGCUUAUAUUCCUUUCAGCUCUAAAUAUUUUUCUUUCCGUCACUGCAUUUCUGGGGAACACUCUGAUCCUAGUUGCUCUGCACAAGGAAACUUCACUUCAUCCGCCGUCCAAACUCCUGUAUCGUAACCUAGCGAUAACUGAUCUCUGUGUUGGUAUCAUUGUAGAGCCUUUGUUUGUGACUCAUUGGACUUCUGUUUAACCUGCGAAAACAUCCGUUUCUCUUCGCUCUUCGUCGCUGAGGACGUUUCGCGCGGAGGAACGUCUGCGACUCAGCGACAGAAAUUCCAUACUGAUGACGUAAAAUCUGUCCAGAAUCCGGUCAGAAGCGCUGAUUGGUCGACGGAGCAGUUACAUUGUUUUAGCUAUUGUUUAGGAAUGACAGACAAAAGACAAAAGGCCAAAAAGGUCAAAUGUAAACACGAAGAAUCUCUAACAAAACAGUCAAUAUUUGUGGAAUAUAGUCUUCUCUAGAAGAAGCAUUUGAGUUUUGCUGGAGCUUGUGGGCAGAUCAACACAGCACUUUACCAAAAUCGAUCAGAAGACACGCAAAAUUAGACAAAUUUAUAUUUGGAACCCCAUGACUACCGGAUUUAUUAAGUAAACAUUGAUUGCGUCAUCAGUAUGGAAUUUCUGUCACUGAGUCGCAGACGUUCCUCCACGCGAAACGUCCUCAGCGACGAAGAGCGAGGAGAAACGGAUGUUCUCGCAGGCUAACUUCUGUUGUGAACGAAAGAUGGGAUAUUUAACAAUUAUUCUUUGAAAUCGAGGUGAAUAGUGGCAAAAUAUUUACCGAGCCGCGAAAGCGGCGAGGUAAAUAUUCCCAAAGCCACUAUUCACCGAGAUUGAGAAGAAUAAUUGUUUUAGUAUAUACACACGAAGUGAUCUCAACAAAAUCAGAAAGGAAACCAUUCAAAAGUAAGAUUUGAUUGACAGAUCAAAUCACGCGUAAGUUUAAAAAUAGAUCUUUGCAGAAUUUUCAAACAUGGCAAUUCACAAGUUUACUCAUUUCGCAAACAACAGCGUAAUGGCUUCAAUGGAAUCGCUAAAAGUUUGAACUGUUUCCUUACCUGAGAAAAAAAGUAGAGCUGUGUUGUUUUCUGUUGACUCGCCAAGUUUAUAGCCAAAAGGGCAUGUUGUGUCGUUCUUCGCAUGAAGUGCUGACAAAAAUGGCGGCUCGGUUGCUCGAGGUAAGAGGUCGUCUUCCUGUAUCAUUCUUUUUCCUGUUUACUUGAAAUGUAGAAUUUCUGCAAACAUUUCCUUUUAAAUUUGUUUGUCAUAAAUAAACUUCGAUUUUUGAGCCAAAAUUUUCUUCUUAGAAAACGCUGAGUUCACGAAACGGCUUCUUCUACGCGAAUACACGGGAGUUGUAAACAAUCCAUCGAGCACAAAACUCCUGCUACAGUAAAUUGAAAAACGCCGUAUUGAAUCCUUCCAAGUCUUUUCUUGCCUUAAAAAAAGUCAGCCCUAGGAUUUUGUCGACUUUUAAAAGAUCGUUCUCUAAAAAAAACGGGAAAAACACCGAGCUCACACAUUAUCCACUCGCUAGGAGGUGAAUAUUGUUGAAUAGUCCGAGAUAGCGAACCAAUCAGAUUGCUUAAAUCACCAAGAUCACUGAGUGUGUAUAUACUAAUUGUUAUUACGCAUAUAGGGCAGCACGUUUCUCAGGUUCUAUUUUGUGUGCAGUAUCUUUAUUAACAGUGACUGCAAUAAGCGUGGACAGACUUUUCGCCUUGUUACUGGGGCUCAGAUACAGACAAGUUGUAAGUUAUAGAAGAACAUGUAUAACUGUGACUGGUUUUUGGAUUUUUUCCAUCGUCGGUACAUCUACUCUCUUUUUUGAUCGUCGUAUAACUUCAUGGUAUCAAUACAUAGGUACUGCUUUGUGUCUGGUCAGCACAAUCUUCGCUUACGCAAAAAUUUUCUGUACUCUGCGUCAUAACCAAAUUCAUGUUCAGAGCCAGGCUGCUCACGGACAACCGAGCCAAGCAAUUCCACUGAACAUAGCUCGAUACAGAAAGGCAGUGUACAGUGCACUGUGGGUGCAGGGAACAUUGGUUAUUUGUUAUCUGCAGUAUAAUAUAGCGGUCGUUUUGACACCUCAGAGAGGGAUGCCUUUAUCGAUCUACCUUGCUAGGAAUUUAGCAUUUAGCAUGGUUCUCUUAAACUCGUCAUUAAACCCGUUGCUGUACUGCUGGAAGAUCAGAGAAGUAAGGCAAGCUGUAAAAGAAACAUUAAGGCAACUCUUCUGUAGAUCGAGUUAGUUUUUGCUGUUUCCAUCCGUUGAUUCGUGCUAUCUAAAACUUGUUUUCAAGGUAGGUAGGGUGAAAUUAACUGAAUUUAACGCAGUUAACUGUAAAUGUAAGCUUAUUUUAAGAAACCAGGCAUAUCAGCAGUUUUUUUUGGUUUCAAUGGAAACGAAUAUUAUUUCUCUUGGUUUAACGAUGUUAUGGUUGUUGUUUAGUGGCAUGAAAUGUUAACGGCCUUACGACACUGUUACGAAUAAAUAGAUAGCAAAGAAGCAAAUAGUAUGUCAAUAUGUUUAUGAUCAUAUUUAGCAAAACAACAACUUUGCUCGUUCAUCACUCUUUUUUCGUACAUUUUUUUUGCCGUCGUUGCACGACUACUACGUGAAAGUGCCCCUGAUUUCACGUUUUUUGGAGGAGUGAGAUUCUUUUUCUGAAUUUCGAUACUAGUCAUGUUAAGAAUUCACCUCCGGAAAAAAUUGCCAACAUUUGGCGAAUUUAAAGAGAUGGAAAAAGUACGACCAUUUGACUAAAGAAGGGCGGGUUUUAUUGCAACAGCGGCCACUAUAAUCUUUCUCUAAAAUCGUAGAGCUACUUGGGCGCAAAAUUAUGGAACGCAAUUCCAGAUUCUGUAAGGACAGGUUCAAACUUUAAAGUUUUUGAAAACAACUUAAAAGACAUUGACCUUGUUAAGUUUAUCUAAAGAUCAAAGCGACACGAUUUAUUUUGCUAUAUAAAUGUAUAAGAGACUGGUCAAAAAGUAUAGGCGGGGGUGGACCGGAGCAGAGAGGGGGUGGGUCAUGAGGGUUUGAGCCUUGUGCUUGGGGUGGGUCGUGCAAUUUGCAGCUACCCUUAGGGGGUGGGUCAUCCAUUUUAUAACAUAGGUAGCACACAUUUAAGUCUUGAUGCUAACGGGACAGUUGACCACACUGUCUUGUUAUAUAAAACACAGCCGGCUGAAAUUAUUGCUAAAAAUAUUCUCAAAUCUGUUGUGUCCUUUUUAAAAUGCAAUUUUAAUAAAAUGUACGAUUUUUGUUUUUUACAUUUCAUUGUUGUUUAAAAUUCUGAUACCCUAAUGUGGUUACCUAUGUUGUUACAUAUAUUCUUGAAAGGAAGCAAACAAAGAAACGCGUUGUCCUAUUUCUUUUCAUAAAAAUAUAUGACGGUUGAACAAGCCGAGUUUAUGGAACAAUAUAUGAACGGUGGUUUGUAAAAUGAAAAAAAUAAACAAACGAACGAACAAGACAAUCUUAUUAAAUACUUAUACACGUAAAAGGGUACUGCCAUUUAAACGUUUCUGGUAUUUUGAAUACGUUUGUUAGGAUUAAAUCACCGUUAAUAUAUUGUUCCAUAAACUCGACUUGUUCGACCUGGGGUCACAUACAUUCAUCACCUUGCAUACCUCACUGAGGAUGAAACAAAAGAGGGAAAGAGAAAGAAGAGAGGAGGCAGAAAGGGAGAGAAAUCUGAGCGAUGAGGAUGUGGAGUGGCAGAAACUUCUUUAUGAGGUCCUCAACCUGUAUAUAGGACGCCACAAUCUGGCAUCUGAAAAGAAAUUGUCUAAAAAAGACAAGCUGAACUUAGAGUCCGCUCACAUUCUGUUGUCAGCAGCCAUACAAAGACGGUGUCUCCAAUAGAACAGGGCCUGGAAGGGUAUUUUCGGGAUUCGGGAUUUGACCAAAAUACGGUGCGGGAAUCGGGAAAACGAUAAAUAUAUUGACGGGAUCCGGGAUUUGACUGUUCCCCGGGAAGCGGGACUCGCCAAAAAUUGGGCACGGGAUGCGGGAUUUAUGUUUGCGUGUCUGUCGGGAAUGCCGGAAACCUUUAAAAACACGCGUAAAUUCAAAAUAUCAAUCGAAAGGAUCAACCUACAUCUUACAUUUAUUAGCUUUUGUAGAAAUUAGACUUUUUAAUGUAUUUUUCUGGGAAAGAAAAGCGGUAUUCGGGAAACUGAUGAAAAACGUGCGGGAUGCGGGAGUCUCGCAAAAAAGGGGCGGGAAUGCGGGAUCAGGACCCCCCUCCCCCCUUCCAGAGCCUGCUAGAAAACUGACACAAGUGGCUCUAAAGCAAACAGCAGCUUGGAAGCAAGCGAAGAGAGUAGCGAGGACUAUGUUGUGCAGUAAGUUGGGAGUGAUUCUUCCAAGGAUGAUGAUGAUGACAAUAUAACCCUCGCAAACAGGCAUCCAAAUGUUAGAAUGACAGUGAUAGCGAUGUACCAUUAAGCGUACUCGCCAAACACAGUCGCUUAUGUUAUUAAAUCCCUUAUGAAACGAGGCUAGAGGCUAGAGAUUUAUGAUUUUGUCAUGCACCCUCAAACUAGUUAAGCCACUUAAAAGUAGUACAUGACCUUAUCUUAAUGAGAUUCCCCCGCGUUUUGUUCAUGAGAUAAAGACAAAAGGCUAUAUAUGGUUUCAUCAGCGUUAAUGUUUUCAAUAAUGAGAUUUCAUUUCCAAAAAAACUGAAACUCUUAAUUUCAUCCUUACUAAAUGUUUAUCACUUCCUUCUUGGUGUAAACUCAGAAUAAGUAACAUUAGCAUGCAAAUGAAAGAUGUUAAAAGCUCAUCGACAUUUAAAGUCAGCACUUUCUGAGCAUUCAACAUAUUAACAUAAAUAAAAUUGCCUCUCUGAUACUGGUAAAAGCAUCUCUUUAAUGAUUAACACAUCUUACAGGUUGCCCUUCCCAGAGCCCCGCGAGGUUAUGCGAUUGCCUAGUCCCCAGGCUCAUUAGUCUGCGGGGCCAACGGAAACGAAACGCAAAGCAAGAAGGCCUGGGACGUAAGCAAUUCAAUGUCUGAUGUACACGUAAUUGUUGUGUAUAAGAUGUGGCAAGAUAUAGUUGUCUUAAUAAACUUCUGUGGGUAUUGACUACACAAUAACAUUUUGCAUUUUGCCAAACAGGUCACAAAAGAAAGUUAAAUUGUAGCAUGUGUCAGAGGGCAUUCGUUUUUGUUUACGAAAAAUUGUUUCCUUUUGGCAUGAAAGCAAAUCCACACGGCCACAUUAAAAAGUUUUGCAAAAGAGUUCUACUAUCGUACUAUGUAAUAUACCCGAAAAACCUAGCUUUAUUAUGAUAGGGUACAAGAACUUUAUCCGUAAGUACUAACUGUUAAAUACUUGGACAAACGACGGCGAAGUAAAACCGAAUGUGUUGAUCAGGAUCAGUAAUGAGAAUAAAACGCAUGGUAAAAAAACGUAAAUGUAAGCUGGCAGCCAAAAUAUAGGGUAUUAUUUAAUUGCCCGAUAUUUUGGUUAGACAAUACUAUCCUUCGUCUCGGGCUGCAAAAAGCAAUAAUAAAUUGUUAUAAAUAAGCGGUUGAAAAAAAAAAAAAACAACGAACAGUCGAUAUUUCGCUUCCUCUAUGAGUUGUUGGAAGAAAAGAAAAGAAAAUCUAAAGUAUGAAUAACAAGAAUCUUUGUGUCGAGAAUUUAUUUACUGGGCUAAAAACGUAUAUCAACAUAAAAAGCAGUCAGCAGGUGUUUAAAAUGGUUAGGGCCGCUUUGUUAAAAGAAGACAAAUUGAGGUGAUAAUCAAAAUUAGUAGAAAAAUAUUGUUGCCAUAGUGAAUAUCUUUAUUUUAUACCCAAGCAUUAUUGAUGAUUAUGGGGUUUCGUUCACUUCAACGAAACGUGUUCAUAUUGCUAUUUUGCUUUAGUAACGGAUGAGCUGUUGGCAGGAAAUUUAGGGAAAAGAAAAUUAAAAAUACGAAUAACAAGAAUCUAUAUGUGUCGUAAAUUUUUAUAUACUGUGCUAUAAAACAUAUAUUAACAUAUUAGAAGUAGUCAGAUGUUUAAAAUGAUUAGGAACGCUCGUUGAAAAAAAGACAUGAGCUAUAAUCAAAACUAUUCUAAAGAAAAUUUUUCUUAGUUGCAAGUUAGAAUGGAUAUCUUUAUUUUAUACCUAAUUAUUAUUGAUAGUUAUGGGGCUCACUCAAUCGAAACCUAUCUCAACCGACCCAAAAAUUAUAAACAAACCCGUUUGGCAUGUUUGUACUGUUAAGACUUCCUUUCUACAAGAAAACUCUUUGCAAACGUCUGUCAAAGCUGGCCGCGCACGAACUAGCAAUUUAAUUGGUUAAUAGUUAAAGGCUCUUUCCAAGUUUCUUUUUCCAGCCAUCUGAAUUCGGUUAAUGACUCACAUGUAUUACGCUCUGCUAGGAAAACUUCUGAUGACUCAAGCAUGCUUGCAGCUUGUGUUGAAUUGGCCAAAUUACUGGAACUUACAACGAUGUUAAUGAAGAAAACGUCAUGCAGACUUGUCUCACCGACAACAUAUUAAGAUCUAAAAAGUCAUUAAAAUGGCCCGUAAGUCAGCUUCACCUGGCUCAUUAUAGUUAAUGUUUGUUUCAAAAACUGCUGUAUCCUUUUUCCUCGUGUGGUACGACUGAAAACAGAAUUAUUUUUUUUCCUCAAAGUUUUGCAGAAAAAGUUGACAACAAUUAAAACAAGAAGAAUUGACAAAGGUCAUUAUUGCACAUCAGUACAUCCAUAACAGACAUCAAAAUUACCGCAUCCCACACAGUUUGAUGUGUUUGCUGACUGUGAUCAACACUUCCUUUACUAAUGAAAACUCAUUAGAAUCGUCAGUCAGUUGGAUAUCUUUUCCAGCCAUCUUAACCAUACGCGUAGUCCGUACGUAACGCAAUAGACCUGAUUGCAAUGAACAUGUCUCAGAAAAAUUAUAAAGGGGAAAUGAAAAUAGAAAUAGCCAAAUAGGCGUUUUGGGGGCAUAGAAGCGAAGACAGUACGCGUAUAUUGAAAAUAAUUUCACCAUUAUAGUGAUUUAACGGUAAGGCUAAUUAAUUUCUAUUUGUUUUUUGCAUUUUUAAUUUCAUUUCCAUUAAGCUGAUUUAACUAUGACAACGCUAUUGCAAUUAGGUGCAUAUACAGUAUAUCGCUUAAUUUCUGGGAAGGAGUGAUGGCUCAAGCUUAUAGUGAACUUUUAAAAAAUGUUGAGUUAUCGGAAUUUCCUUUAAAUUGUUGCGAUGUCAAGUUUCCAAUGCGCGCGAACAUAAGACCUAAAAAGUUACAAUCAUCCGUGAGUUAAACUGAGUUUCACCUGUGACAUAACGCCUGGCUCAUCACAGUUCUGUCAGUUAGAUUGAAAAAGUACCGAGACAACUUUGCUCGACUUUUCUUGGCCCUGUGAGCUUUCUUUUACGUUUAGUUAAAAGUUUUUGCACGUUUAUGACUCCAUAAAUUACUUCUGAUCAUUAUUUAUUAAUUACGCGACGAAUUAACUCGUAUAGCGGCGUUUAGGUAAAUAGCCUUGACUGUAGAGAUGUCGACAUGAUAUCAGCAUUCACCCAAAUUAAAAUAGUAUAUAUAAAUAAAACUCUCAUUUGCAGGUCAUUGCGCCGAAGAGGAAAAUGGCCCUGGAAAAUUUUAGUGAAUACGAAAACCAUAAAACUGACCAAGGACUGUACUGCUCGGCUGAAUUUCUCAGAGGUGUAGAGAGCGAGCUUAUAUUCCUUUCAGCUCUAAAUAUCUUUUUUUCCGUCACUGCAUUUGUGGGGAACACUCUGAUCCUGGUUGCUCUACACAAGGAAACUUCACUUCAUCCGCCGUCCAAACUCCUGUAUCGUAACCUAGCGAUAACUGAUCUCUGUGUUGGUAUCAUUGCUGAGCCUUUGUGUGUGACUUAUUGGACUUCUGUUGUGAAAGAAAGAUGGGAUAUUUGCUAUUACGCAAAACUAGGACAAAAAUUUUCAGCCAGUGUUUUGUGUUCAGUAUCUUUAUUAACAUUGACUGCAAUGAGCUUGGACAGACUUCUCGCCUUGAUGCUGGGGCUCAGAGACAGACAAGUUGUAACUUUGAAAAAAGCAAGUGUAACUGUGAUUGGUUUUUGGAUUUUGUCCAUCGUCGUAGCAUCUACUAACUUUUGGAGUCUACUUUUUAUUGUAACCAGAUGGUAUGAACGCAUAGGUUUACCUUUGUGUCUAGUCACCACAAUCUUCGCUUACACAAAAAUCUCCUUCACUCUGCGUCAUAAUCAAAUUCAUGUUCAGAACCAUGUUGCUCAAGGACAACCGAGUCAAGCAAUUCCACUGAACAUAGCUCGAUACAGAAAGGCAGUGUACAGUGCAAUCUGGGUACAAGGAACAUUGGUUGUUUGUUAUCUGCCGUAUAGUAUAGCGUCCAUUUUAGCAUUUCAAAGAGGGAUCUCUUUAUCCGUUUACCGUGCGCUGGCUUUAACUAUUUCUUUAGUCUAUUUAAACUCAUCUUUAAACCCCUUGAUGUACUGUUGGAAGAUCAGAGAAGUAAGGCAAGCUGUGAAAGGAACAUUAAGGCAACUCUUCCGUUGA